GGCCCAACGGCCACUGGCUCGCGUCGCGUCCCCAUGGCAACAGUCUCCUCGUUGCUGCGAGGACCCCUCGCAGUGCGGGCAGCCGAGCACGCUGCCUGCUCGAGAGGGAGCACUCACGCUGCCGUAGCCGCAGUUGCCGUGGCUAUGAGAUAACUGCACGACUCUCAGCUUCAGGAAUUCUUCAUCCUUCAGGACUGUUACCUGUAAACAGGUUUAUGAAGUAACAUUCUUUUAAGCUUGAAAGGAAAAAUGUCAUUCCGUAAAGUGAACAUCAUCAUCCUAGUCCUUGCUGUCACUCUCUUUUUACUAGUUUUGCAUCAUAACUUCCUUGGUCUGAGUGAUUUGUUGAAAAGGGAGGUCUCAGAUCCAAAUCUUGUGGGAUUUCAGCCACUAGCCUUUGUGCCUAAUGCUCCUGAAAGCUUGAUCUAUGGGAGUGAAGGGGAGAUUCCUGUAGUCAUCGCAGCAUCAGAAGACAGACUUGGUGGCACAAUUGCAGUGAUGAAUAGUAUUUACCAUAAUACCCGCUCCAAUGUGGUUUUCUACAUUGUUACUUUGAAUGAUACUACAGACCAUCUCAGAUCCUGGCUCAAUAGCGGCUCUCUGAAAAACAUCAAAUACAAAAUUGUGGAUUUUGACCCUCAGCUUUUGGAAGGGAAAGUAAAGGUGGAUCCUAAACAGGUGGACUCCGUGAAGCCACUAACCUUUGCCAGAUACUACCUACCUAGCCUGGUUCCAAAUGCAGAAAAGGCCAUAUAUAUGGAUGAUGAUGUAAUAGUACAAGGUGAUAUUCUUGCCCUUUAUAAUACACCUUUGAAGCCUGGGCAUGCAGCUGCUUUUUCAGAAGACUGUGAUUCAACUUCUGCGAAAGUUAUUGUUCAUGGACCAGGGAAUCAGUAUAAUUAUAUUGGAUUUCUGGACUAUAAGAAAAAAAGGAUUCGAAAUCUUGCCAUGAAAGCUAGUACCUGCUCUUUUAAUCCUGGGGUUUUCGUAGCAAAUUUAACAGAAUGGAAACAACAAAACAUUACUUAUCAACUGGAAAAGUGGAUGAAACUUAAUGUAGAAGAAGAAUUAUAUAGUAGAACAUUGGCAGGAAGCAUCACAACACCCCCCCUACUUAUAGUGUUUUAUAAACAACAUUCGAAUAUUGACCCCAUGUGGAAUGUCAGACACCUCGGCUCUAGUGCUGGAAAGCGAUAUUCACCUCAGUUUGUGAAAGCUGCUAAAUUACUCCACUGGAACGGACACUUUAAGCCAUGGGGAAGAACUGCUUCUUAUGCUGACAUUUGGGAAAAAUGGUAUAUUCCAGAUCCAACAGGAAAAUUCAGCCUAAUCCGAAGACAUGGAGAAAUUGCAAAUGCAGAGUAAAAUAUAGACUACCAUUAUUAUUAUUAUUAUUAUUUUUUGGUACCAGGGCUGGGAUGACUACCAUUUUCUUCUCAGGAAACACUGAAGGAUAAUUCUAGUUGGGAAAAUGUCUUCCAUAUGAUGUUGAGAAUUUUUGUGUGCAACAUGGGAAAAUCAACUUAGAGUCAACUUAACAAGUUUCUCAUAAGUUUCAACUAUAAUAUGAAUGCCAAUUUACACCUGCCUUACUUGAGAAAAUGUAUUUUAAUAGUUAAUUUUUGUUGCUACUACAGAGAGAAUUUGACCAGCAGAGGGAAUGGUAUACCUUCCCUAGGACUGAUGGGCCAUCUUGCAGCUAGUUAAAUGCUGUUUUUCUACUCCUGUAACCUGUGGCUUUGUACAUGACACUUUACUUUGCAUGAAACCCACCUGAAGCAUGUUUACAUUCUAUUUUAAGUUAGUUUUUAGAAUAUGCUAAGUUAGUUUCUUGUUUCUUUUAGAAAGUUAUGCUUCCUAGUUUUGGUGACUUAAGUUAGAAUUCUCCAAUACUAAAUCAUUAUUUAACGAUGGUUUUUCAUCUUGUUCUAAAAAUAAAAUUCAAAAACAGUUAUCUUCAAA